AUGGCAGACCCCAGCCAGCUUGUUUACGAUUUCUGGAACCAGUCCUCUAAUUCCUCCACCGCCUCCCCCACAGAUAUGGUGGAUCAUCAGCACCCACCCAUGAUCCCUAAACCAAAAGCAAAGGUUCCAUCUUCUAGAAUGUUCUCUUGCCUCUACUGUUCUCGCAAGUUUUGCACUUCUCAAGCUCUUGGAGGACACCAGAAUGCUCAUAAGCGUGAAAGAGCCGCUUCUCGCCGUAAUAUGUUCUCCACCACCACCACAACCACCGACUCCUCCGACCGUAACAACAAUAAUAGUAAUAUGGUCCGCCUCCAUUUUCUUCAGAACAACAACGACAUGGAGCCGCCCUCUCUCAUCAUGCCUCAACAAAACGGAAAAAAUUCUUUCUUAGGAAGGAUUCCCCUUACUGGGGGUGGGACUAUUACACCAACUGAAGCUUAG